AUGUCAAGUCACGGGCCGACUCAGUGCCUCGUGGAUCGGUUGAAGCCACUUCUCGAGCAAUUCUCAGCCACCGCCUACUUCGCCGGCCAUGAUCACACGUUGCAACUGAUGAAAUUGUUUAGACUGACAAAUGUUCCGACAACUUGUCCAGAUGGAUGGUACUACUCACAAACGCUCAACAAUUGCUACAAAGCCGUGACUCAACCUGGUGGUUUCACCUUUGCUGAAGCUGAUGCCACGUGCAAAUCGGCUGGCGGUCAAUUGACUUCGAUCCAUUCUGCUGAGGAAGAUAGAAUUGGGCUUGGACUCGGAGCCAUGCCUGGAACAGUUACUCGGCUCCAGACACUCAUCGAUGGAUUUAGACCAAAUGGAACCUGGACAUGGAGUGAUGGAACCCCAUUUGACUACAAGAACUUUGCUAACACUGAUGAUGCAAAACAAUGUCUUCAAUUGUGGUCAACCAACUCGACAGCCAUUCAUCCGGUCAACGAAUACAAGCAAUGGGAUGAUAUUCCGUGCACUGCCAAAUUCGUAAACGCUGUGUGCAAAAUAUCUCUUGGUGGAAAUCAAGGACAAGCAUCAACCCCAGCUCCUGUCCAACCCUCAGCCCCUCCAGCUCCAACUUGCCCACCUACCUGGUAUUAUGCUCAAAAUCUUGGCAAUUGCUACAAGAGCUCUCGGCUGCACCUGGAACAGUUACUCGAGGCCAGACACUCAUCGGUGGGCAAAGGCCAAACGGAGCCUGGACAUGGAGUGAUGGAACCCCAUUUGACUACAAGAACUUUGCUAACAUUGAUGAUGCAAAACAAUUUGUGGUCAACCAACUCAACAGCCAUUCAUCCGGUCAACGAAUACAAGCAAUGGGAUGAUAUUCCGUGUACUGGCAAAUGCGUAAACGCUGUGUGCAAGAUUGUUCAAGAACCAACAACUCCACCUCCUCCACAACCUACAAAAGCACCAUAUUGCUCGGCGGGCUGGAGUGGGCCGGCUUUCGAUAGUUGCUACAAGGUGAUCACUCAAACUGGAGGCUUUACAUUUGAUCAAGGAGACCAAAAGUGUAAAGAAUUGGGCGGGCAACUUGCUUCAAUCCACUCAGCUGCCGAGGACAAGUACAUGAUGGAACUCUCCAAUCAAGGCAAACCAAUUGGUGACAUUCAGACGUUGAUCGGCGGACAAAGGACUGGACCAAAUGCAGGAGACUGGAAAUGGAGUGACAAUACCCCGUGGGAUUACACAAACUGGAGUGCC